AUGAAUCAACGAACAACUGCUGCAGUUCGAACACCAGCGGGAUGUACAACACCGUUUGAAGUGGUAAUUGGAGUUAUACAAGGGGCUGUGGCAGGACCAUUCCUGUUCAGUUUCGCAAUCGACGACAUUAUGCGAAGAACAGUCGACCAGUGUUCUGCCGACAAUGUCUUAGACCCAUCAGGGUGGCCCUUGACUGACCUCGAGUACGCCGACGAUGUUGUUAUAUUCGCGGAAAGCAGUACGAAACUUCAACAUGUUGUCAACCUUGUAUCGAAGCUGGCUGGAUCCUAUGGACUACGUCUACGCCCUGACAAAUGCAAGCAGAUGUGGAUCUCUUCGAGACCUCGAAAUCAGGGUGAAAGAACAACCGAUAUAACUCGUCGAUGA